AUGAAACUACCCAUCAUCCCAAAAAAGGUCAAGAAGCUAUGGGAUGCUUGGGAUCUGCGUGUGUGCAUCAUCACCAGCCUCUCACUUCAGGCUUUCCUUCUGUUGUUGGCACCCUUUCGACAGCGGUCGACAAGCGGUCUGCUCUUCAAGUCUGUGUGGGCCACAUACUUGCUCGCGGACUGGAUCGCUGCUGUCGCCAUCGGACUCAUCACCAAGAGCCUCGGCGACCCGAAUGACCCCGAAAACAACGACGACCUUUUCGCCUUGUGGGCCUCAUUUCUCUUGAUGCAUCUCGGCGGUCCCGACGGCAUCACUUCUCUGUCUCUUGAAGACAAUGAGUUGUGGCUCAGGCAUUUGUUCGGAUUCUUUUUACAAGUUUUCUCUGCUCUUUAUAGCUUGUAUCUGACACUUACUCAUAACAAGCUGUGGUUUCCUUCUGUCCUUGUGUUUAUUGGAGGAAGCAUUAAGUUUGCAGAGAGAACUUGGGCUCUCCGUCUUGCGAGCUUGGACAGCUUUGGAGAAACUGCUUUGCCAGAUCCCAACCCUGGGCCCGACUAUGAAGAGGCUGUGGCAGAGUACUCUGUGAUGAUGUCCGCACAGUUUUCGACCGUGUCAGGAGGAGGACGAGGGCGAGGAGGAGGAGGAGGCGUUGGAAAUAUUUUAAGCGAACCCAGUUCUGCGCUAGAAGGAUCGGUUCAGCAAAAAUUAGAUGAGAUGAAGCAAUUAGAAGUGGCGUAUUCCCUCUUUGAAAGCUUCAAGGGACUAAUUGUAGGCCUCCUUCUAAGCUCCAAAGACCGAGACUCGAGUCGGAGUUAUUUUCUCCAAGAAAACCCGAUUCGCGCUUUUAGAUUAGCGGAGUACGAGCUGAGCUUCAUGUACCAAGUUCUCCACACGAAGUCCGUUGUGAUACACACCAUACUUGGGUAUGUCUUACGCUGUAUUAGCUUUUUUUCCACUCUUGGUGCGUCUUUGUUCUUUAUUUUUGUUGACAAGAGCGGGUUUGGUAAGUUCGAGGUCGUGGUUACUUACGCCUUGUUCCUGGGAGCCAUUGUCCUUGACGUCAUCUCUAUUGCUAAGCUUGUCUUUUCGGACUGGAUCCUCUUGUUCUUCAAGGAUAGUCCUAUCAUUAAACAUGUUCCCGCUUGGAUUUUGAAAAGAUCAAGGUGGUCUGGCUCUGUGUCACAACAGAACAUGAUAAGCUAUUGCCUACCACCUGCCAUAAACUUCCCAUUCCGCGGAGAGUUGAAUAGCUACCGUCGCGUUUAUGGUGUUACUGAAACGAUCAAAAUGAUGUUGCGCAAUUUCUCACCGUCGGAGAGGGUGCCACAAUAUCUGAAAGUGUUUGUUGUAAAUGAGCUGAAGAACAAAUCCAAGAAUGCAAGCAAUCCAAGAGAUGCAAUGGAGGCGUGCUCGCAGAGAGGACAUUCGGCUCUCUCGCAGAGCACUUCUAGCUAUAUCAAGCUUAAGUGGAGUGUCGGAGAGUUCCAAUAUGCGGAAAGCCUUCUUCUCUGGCACUUAGCCACAGAACUCUGCUACCAUGAGCAUGCCAAUUCAAGUGCCGAUUCGGGGAAAGAUAAAACAAUUUAUAACCUCCUUUGUCAACGUAGUUGUGGAUCAAGUGUUCAUCAAGUCCUCAAACUUACGCAACUUCUUCGUAAAUCAUGCCUUCUUUGCAGCGCAGAUGUAUCAAGUGAUGGUUCGAACGAGGUUGUUGAUUUUAAAAGAACUAGCAAGAUUCUUUCAGAUUACAUGUUCGAUCUUCUAGUUUCCAAGCCAGCAAUGUUGGCCCCGGUUUUAGGAAACUGGAGAGUAGUCUUCCAAGACACUCGUGCCGAGGCCAAGAGGUUCUUCAAGAAGCACAAGCUAUCGUGCCAUUCGCAAGCCUGCAAGAGGAUUUCUUUAGCUAAACCAAAAGUCAGAUCCUCUGCUGUGAAGGGAAACAGAAGCAAGUCCGUUCUCUUCGACGCGUGUAUCCUCGCACAGCAGCUCCAGAAGGAGGCAGAGCAGUGGGAGAUAAUGAGCAGAGUUUGGGUGGAACUCAUGUCAUACGCAGCCAUUAAUUGUAGGCCUUUUGUGCACGCGCAGCAACUAAGCAAAGGAGGAGAGCUUUUGACAUUCACAUGGCUGCUGAUGAACCACUUGGGCUUGGGAUCGCAGUUUGCCGAGCAGGAACUGCAAUCUGGAACGAAAAUGGAGACAAUCAUAGAGUAA